UUUAAAUAUAUUUACACUUCCGCCAAUUUCCGCCUAUUUCCGUUUUUAAAUAAAGUUGAGUGUUUGCUUAAACAGAUAUUUUCCUCUAUUUAUAAUGGUUAUUACACAACGAGAGUGGAGUAUGUGUGCAUUUUUUAUUCAUCUAUUUAUGUGGAUAAUGGUACAGGGUUUGGAAGCAGCAGUUGGGAAACAAUAUCCUGCCGGCUAUAUAGGCUGUUACAGUGAUGACAAAGGGACGGUGUUGUUUCCAGACAGAGUUUUAUCUGAAAAGUUGGAUGAUUCAGAUUUGAAUUGUGCUACUAGAUGCAAACGAGAAUGCAAGAAAUUAGGCUACAGAUAUGCGGGCACAGAGAGUGGCGAGGAAUGUUUUUGUGGGAAAACAUUUAAUUAUGACCCCGAGAAACUAUCCGACGCGGACUGUAACAUCAAAUGUCCUGGAAAAGAAGAUGAAAACUGUGGAGGAAACUGGCGUAUAUCAAUAUACGAUACUCAAGAGAAUAACUCAACUAUCCAGAUCCUGACGACAUCCGGAACAACUACUUCUGAUAUAACAGAAACAACUACUUUUGAUAUAACAACAGAAAUUUCUGAUCUGCUUAUAUCACCGACGACAGUUGCUCAAUCAACAUCCGGCACAGUUACACCUAUGCAUUCUGCAGACAACAUGAAAUCUGGUAAUACAAAAACGUCAUUUCCGGUGGUGUACAUUUUCGUCCCAGUUGGUGUCAUAACUUUGGGAGUUACAGUUGCAAUAACUGUCAUAGUAUUGAAACGCAGGAAAAAACAAAUUUUGGUGCCUGAAGUUGUUUAUGAAGCAGCUGAUCCUAAUGAAGAUUUAUAUGAAAACGAUACAGAAAGACAUCAAAGUUCAGAGAACACUCCUCAGAAUCUAACUCCAAAAGGGCAGUUGGAUAUGACGCAGUAUGACCAUAUUCCUCGAAAUGUUUCAAAUUCCGCCGCUGAAUCUGACACUGAGUAUAACGUCCUCGGUAUGAAAACACCUAAUAAACCAGAAUCUGGACAAUUUUACGAUCACAUUGUAGAGCAGGACAAACGAUUGAAUGACAAAACCUACUCACAUUUGUCAUAUAAUCCAUAGAAAA